UUCGAAGGCCCGCACGGAAUAGUACCAGAUCAACCCAUCCACCAUGAGAUCAUCCUCGAGGACGGGGCCGUACCUCCGCGCGGUUGCAUCUACCGAAUGAGCGAGGAAGAGUUAAGUGUGCUUCGGGCACAACUCGACGACCUUCUGGAGAAAGGCUGGAUUCGGCCUAGCUCAUCGCCAUACGGUGCUCCUGUUCUCUUCGUCCGGAAGCAGAACAAGGACCUGCGGUUGUGCAUCGAUUAUCCCAAGCUCAACGCGCAAACGAUCAGGAACGUCGGCCCUCUCCCACACAUCGAUGAUCUUCUCGAGCGAUUGGGCGGCGCCCUGUUUUUCUCUAAGUUGGAUCUCAAGUCAGGGUACCACCAACUCGAGAUUCGCAAGGAGGACCGUUACAAGACCACGUUCAAGACGCGAUAUGGGCAUUUUGAAUGGCUGGUCAUGCCAUUUGGCCUUACGAAUGCCCCGGCUACUUUCCAAGCGGCUAUGAUGACGGAGUUCCGACACAUGCUGGAUCGUUACGUACUUAUCUACCUCGACGACAUCCUAGUGUACAGCCGGAGUUUGGAGGAGCAUGUGGAGCACCUGCGCACCGUUUUGGAGCGGCUACGACAGGCCAAGUACAAAGCCAACCGCGACAAGUGUGAAUUCGCGUGGCAGGAGCUGAAGUACUUGGGCCAUUAUGUGACGCCGCAAGGCAUCCGUCCACUCGUGGACAAGAUCGAGGCCCUACGAGUAUGGCCCGAGCCCACCAACACCACGGACGUUCAGUCAUUCAUGGGACUGGCGGGCUACUAUCAGCGAUUCAUCACCGGAUACUCCAGGAUUGCUGCACCUAUGACGAGGUUACAGUCGCCAAAGGUGCCAUUCGUAUUCGAUGACGACGCACGCCGGUCAUUCCAAGAACUUAAGACGGCUAUGCUCAUGGCACCCAUCCUUACCAUCUCUGACCCCAUUCUGCCGACGCGAGUGACUACGGACACUUCCGGGUAUGGCAUUGGGGCAGUCUUGGAACAACACGACGGCGACGACUGGCACCCUGUGGAGUAUUUCAGCCACAAAGUGCCUCCCAUCAACUCGCUUGAUGAUGCAAGGAAGAAGGAGCUGCUCGCAUUCGUGAUGGCUCUCAAGCGCUGGCGGCACUUCCUCCUUGGGCGUCGUAGGUUCACAUGGGUCACAGACAACAAUCCAUUGACCUACUACAAGACGCAGGAUACAGUGAGCAGCACGAUCGGACGAUGGAUGUACUUCAUCGACCAGUUUGACUUCACACCAAAACAUUUACCCGGCCUCUCAAAUCGCGCAGCAGAUGCACUCUCGCGAAGACAAGAUCUUUGCGCUAUGACACAUCAUGCCUUAGCAUUCGACGAGGAGCUUCAGCGACACUUCAUCCGGGCAUAUCAGGUGAUCCUGUUUGCGAACAGCAGUGUUGAGUAAGUGACGAACAGAGAGUUGUACAGGCGAUGUGGCGCCAUAGCCAUUUGAAG